UUUCGUCAUCAUCUCAUUUGCCCUCUGUACACACUCCCUCAAAAUUGUUCCAAAAUUAGGGCAAUACUCUCUCACUCACUGAAGAUGAAGAUAAUCUCUCUGCGAAAUGGUCAAAGAUGCAGUUGAAUUGUUCAAAAAGUUGGUUAGAGAGAAGAUUUGUGAGCCCGACAAAGUUAUGUAAGCAACUGUCAUGAAUGGGCUUAGUAAAAGGGGUCAUACUGAGAAGACUUUAAGUUUGCUCCGGCUAAUGGAACAAGGGAACACUAAGCCCAACAUAUAUAACUACAGCAUUGUUGUUGAUGCCCUUUGCAAAGAUGGAAACUUAGAUGCUGCUUCGAACCUUUUGAACGAGAUGAAGCAGAAAGGCAUUCCUCCAGACAUAUUGACGUAUAAUUCAUUGAUUGAUGGUUUGUGUAAGCUUGGUCAGUGGGCAAAGGUUAGAACCUUCUUCUCAGAGAUGGUAAAUCUUAAUAUUUAUCCAGAUGUGCGCACCUUUACCAUGAUGAUUGAUGGACUAUGCAAAGAAGGAAAAGUUGAUGAUGCCGAGGAAGUAAUGAGACACAUGACCGAUAAAGGUGUAGAGCCUGAUGUGAUCACCUACAGUGCGAUAAUGGAUGGAUAUUGUUUGCGUGGUCAACUGGAUAGAGCGAGGAGGGUUUUUGAUUUCAUGAUAGAUAAGAAUAUUGAACCUAACAUUAUUAGCUAUAGCAUACUAAUAAAUGGAUAUUGUAAGAAAAAGAAAUUGACCGAGGCGAUGCAAUUAUUUGGUGAAAUUUCUCAAAAGGGAUCAAAGUCUGAUAAUGUUACCUACACUACUAUCUUGAAAGGUCUUUUUGAAGUAGGACGAAUUGAUGAUGCAAAAGAAAUUUAUGCUGAGAUGCUAUCUGCAGGGCCCAUACCUGAUGUAUACACUCAUGUCACGUUGCUCAAUGGUUAUUUUAAGUACGGACUUGUUGAAGAAGCAAUGUCACUCUUUAAUAAGUUGGAGAGAAAGAGAGAAAACACUUAUAUUAAAUUUUACAAUUUUGUCAUUAAUGGAUUGUGCAAAAAUCGUAAACUAGACAAAGCUUGUGCUAUUUUUGAGAAGCUUUCUCUAAUUGGAUUGCUCUCGGAUGCAAGAACAUACAAUUCAAUAAUAAAUGGAUUUUGUCUAGAAGGGUCGAUAGAUGAAGCUAAUCAUAUGCUAAGAAAAAUGGAGGAGAGCGGUUAUUUGCCAAAUGACAUCACUUACAAUGUUAUUGUGCGAGGAUUUCUCAGGUGCAGAAAAAUUAGUGCAUUGGCAGCAUUCAUGAAAGAAAUGGUCGGAAGGGGCUUCUCAUUUGAUGAAAAUACAACUGAAUUACUGAUAAAUGUUAUUUGGGAGAAUCCUUAUGUCCUUGAUAUGAUACCCGAUCUUCACUUGAUAAAUAAGAAUUUUAAGAAUUUGAGGAAGAAGGGACUCAUGCCUUGUAUUAUACGUCAUCACUGUGUUAUUGUGCUGCCAUUGAAGAUGAAGAUAAUUUCUGUGCGUUUCCCUCGCUAUGGUAAUCCGUUUAACUCUUUCCUUUCUACAUUUAGAGCUUAUUCCUCAAAUCAUAAUAAUACAUCUGUUUCAGUAAAGGGUAAACUUGGGGUAAAUAGCAAGAUUGAGAAUGUUAAGUGUUUGGAUGAUGCUGUUACUCUCUUCCAUCAGUUGGUUAGAAUGAAGCCUCUUCCUUCAGAUUUCGUCUUCUCUAAAUUAUUUAAGACUAUGCUAGAUAUGAAACAUUACUCUGCUGUUGUUUCCCUUUUUCGAGAAAUGCAGAAAUUGGGUGGCCCAAUUUAUGGAGUCAUCUUGAGUAGCGUGAUUAACGAUUAUUGCCUGAUGCAUCGCGUUGACUGUGCAUUUUCGGUAUUACCCAUUUACUUGAAGAAUGGCAUUCCAUUUAAUGUUGUUACCUUUAACACCCUAUUAAGGGGACUUUUUGCUGAAAAUAAGGUCAAAGAUGCAGUUGAAUUGUUCAAAAAGUUGGUUAGAGAGAAUAUUUGUGAGCCCAAUGAAGUGACGUAUGCAACUGUCAUGAAUGGGCUAAGCAAAAGGGGUCAUACUGAGAAGACUUUCAGUUUGCUCCGGUUAAUGGAACAAGGGAGCACUAAGCCCGGCAUAAAGAACUACAGCAUUGUGAUAGAUGCUCUUUGCAAAGAUAGAAACUUAGAUGCUGCUAUCAACCUUCUGAACGAGAUGAAGCAGAAAGGUAUUCCUCCAAACAUAGUCACAUAUAAUUCAUUAAUUGAUGGUUUGUGUAAGCUUGGUCAGUGGGAAAAGGUUAAGACUUUGUUCUCUGGGAUGGUGAACUGUAAUAUUUAUCCAGAUGUGCGCACCUUUAACAUACUUAUAGAUGGACUAUGCAAAGAAGGGAAAGUUGAAGAUGCCGAGGAAGUAAUGAGACACAUGACCCAUAAAUGUGUAGAGCCUAAUGUGAUCACCUAUAAUGCGAUAAUGGAUGGAUAUUGUUUGUGUGGUCAACUUGAUAGAGCGAGGAGCAUGUUUGAUAUCAUGAUGGAUAAGUGCAUUGAACCUGACAUUAUUAGCUAUAGCAUACUUAUAAAUGGAUACUGUAAGAAAAAGGAAAUGGUUGAGGCAAUGCAAUUGUUUCAUGAAAUUUCUCAAAAGGGAUUAAAACCUAAUAUCUUUACCUACACUACUAUUUUGCGAGGUCUAUUUGAAGUUGGAAGAAUUGGCUCUGCAAAAGAGCUCUUUGAUGAGAUGCUAUCAACGGGGCCCAUACCUGAUUUAUACACUCAUUGCACUUUGCUCAAUGGUUAUUUUAAGUACGGAAUUGUUGAAGAAGCUAUGUCACACUUUAAUAAGUUGGACAGUGAGAUAGAAUAUACUAGUAUUGUACUUUACGGUAUUGUGAUUAACGGAUUGUGCAAAAAUGGUAAACUCCAUGAAGCUCAUGCGAUUUUCGAGAAGGUUUCUUUAAUGGGAUUGCUUCUGGAUGUGAGAAUAUACAAUACUAUGAUAAACGGAUUUUGUCGAGAAGGGUUGUUGGAUGAAGCUAAAGCUAUGCUAAGAAAAAUGAAGGACAAUGGUUGUUUGCCAAACAAUGUCACUUACAAUGUCUUUGUGCAAGGAUUUCUCAGCUGUAACAAAAUUAGUGAAAUGGCAACUUUUAUGAAGGAAAUGACGGGAAGGGGCUUCUCAUUUGAUGCAACUACGUCUGAGAUACUAGUAAAGGUUAUAAGUGUGAAUCCUUCCGUCCUUGACAUGAUACCAGAGCUUCACUCGAAAAAUAAGAAGUGAAUAUUUCUUUCAGUUUGUUUAUUCGGCUACAUUAUAAUUGUGAUAUAGUUUCUGCUUAUCACCGCAAUUUGAAAUGGAAUCCAAUACAAUUGUGGAAGCUGAAGAAAUGGCAAUUGGAACGUUGCUUGGGCUUUCCAGGCAGGCAUAUUGAGGAGAAAAGGCUCAUCACGGUCACACCAGAAACUAAGGUUCUGAAAGCGAAGCAACUGAUGACAGAUAACCGUGUCAGGCGCAUUCCAGUAGUUGAUCAUACUGGUACGAUAGGGAUUGGUUGUCCAUUGGAGAUUUUGUCCGUGCUGUUAGAACUUGCAAGUGAGCAUGGGGAUGAGCUGAACCCUUUGAAUACUUACAUACAAGGAUGUCUAGAUGAUGAUGGCAAUAAAUAAAUGGAUCAAUCGCUUAAUCAUGGUUAAUACUGUUAAUACGGAGUAUAUAUGCAUCAUUUUUGUGGCAUUGGAUGCGUCUUGGUGUUGGUUUCUCAACUAGAGUAUAUUGAAAAGUCUCUGCCUGUGGCAAUAAUUCCUUUUACUCCUCAACUAGAAAUUACAUAUGCACGCUUAUGUAAUAUUGCCUCUGUUAAGUUUUCAGAUAACUGAUUGGUUGCUUCAAUGGAGAUAACACAACAAAAUGUUGGAGCCUUGAUGGCUGUGAAACCUAUUAUGUCUUGUGAGUGUGAACAAAUCAACAAAAUCCGACACAACAAGAACUUUUGGAACUCCAACAUAUUGUGUGGAGUUCCACAUAUAGAAAAUUUUCAAGUUUCGGUAUAGUGUUCUGAAGUUUCAUUUGUCAAUAUCUCGAACUCAAGCACCAUAUGAUGGAACUGUUUGUAUUUUAGGUUGUUUUAUUUUUGUCCACAUGUUAUUACGCAUUAAAAUAUAGAUUUUUCUUAAUUA